CGCUUGCAUUUCGAACUGAAUCUGAUGUACGCUCGCGAUCUCAACUGUCAUGGACGGCUUCGUAGAUGUCACGAAAAAAAAGUUACAACGACGGCGGGGCGCUUGUGCUGUAUGCAAGGCCAAAAAGGUUCGAUGUGAUGGCGAAAGGCCAACGUGUGCUACAUGUGCUAAAGCCAAUACAAGAUGCACGUAUUUAAUGCCGCGGAAGAAACACAGCAUGAGUGUGACAACCAACUUUUCGGACACCCCUGAUGCGAUACAAGAUACGAGCAUCACAACUUCUAGAUAUCAACCUUCGGAUGUUUUUCAGCCCUGUGCUUCAAUCGCGCUUACGUCACCAAUAACCUCGAAUCUAUCGGCAUCUCUGGGGUCCCCAGAUGAUUUAGUGACAUUUCUAAACUGCCAAUCGAAUAUUUUCACUGGCAAUGGCCCCACGGCAGACGAUGAAUCGCUAGAUAAGUUCGAUAUUUGUUUUGCGGGCCAACGCCAGCAGAAUGAAUCCCAGGCCUUCCAAGAUAUGCUGGAAGGACUCUGGGAAUUUACAGAGGAGCCCAGUUCUCCACUGUCCACCGAUUGGAAUCAAGCAAACCGCAGAGAGGGAUCGACACACAACCAUACGUUCUCAACAAUAACGGAUUCUGUGGACUUGGAAGCGUUCCAUUUCCCAACUCCCUCCUCGAGUAAUAGCAGCUUGACAAAUAACGAUGAACUUUCAGCCGUGACCAAUCCUGCAGGCUCAGACGCGGUCUUUUCCGAUCCCUUCAUUGUUGAUGAGUAUCACACCAGCAUUGACAACUUCCUGGAAUUCCAGACAUCGCCAAAUAUCACAGUCGACAAGUCAAUGAUGGUAUCAAAAUGUCGUGAUGUCCCCGGCUCUCCACUUUCAACAACCUUCAAAUGUGGACAAAUCCUCUUGAAUGCAAACCACCAAUACGCACAAGAAAUUCAGCGAUGCUGUCAUCAAAUGGAGGAUGAAAUUAAUGCAAGAUUUCAUUUUCAGAGGAUAUCUGGAAUGCAGAGCACCAAUAUGAAGUUGGAUAAAGACCUGGCGGAGAAGUGCGCAAUUUUAUGUUUCAAUGAUUUAGAAGGCAUCGGACAAUUUCUCGACCUAUCCGAAACACAAAGAAUUCUUGACUCGGUCUGGUCCAAUUCGGAUAACGCACCAGCAAAAGUGAUUUUAGUACUUGUUGCGGUAGCACUCGGCGCCUACAACCUGGACCAUGAAACAUUCCCGGCAAUAUCUGACCGUAUUGGAUUCUCAAAUGUUAUGUUUCGUUGCGCAUUGAAGUGCUACGAUGACCGCUUUCCACGUAAGGAAUUCAUUUUUGAUUUUCAGGCUCUUCUCAGUCUGUUAUACCUUGCCAAUAAGUGUGGAUGUCUUGUGACAUCAGAUUUGCUCUCGUCUGCAAUUGCAUGCGCGCAAAAGCUUCAACUCAACAGCGACGAGGGAAUUAAGCGUCUGUGCUUAUCAAAUACGCAAGAAAACAGAUUAAAAAGAGCAUUUUGGUUUCUGUAUGCAUUCGAGAAGCCCUAUUGCAUGCGUUGGGGUAUUGCUCCGAGACUAGAUGAGGACUUUAUCAACUACGAGGCCACGGAUCACUUCAUCUGUAAAGCCUGGGUUCCGUUACACAAGAAACAAGACGAUCUCCUGCGCAUUUCAUGCCAGUAUGCUAGACUUUGCUCUGGCAUCAUCAAGAACCUGUACAGCCAAAAAUCGUUAGGGAAGCCUGACACGAGCCUGAGAAACAUAGCGAACCAACUCUGUCGCCAGGCAGAGAUUUGGAAGAAUGCUGCUAUCACAAGCUGUGGAUCCGGACAAAAAAACACAGGUGGAACGACUCCGACCCAGGACACGGCAGCGUCCCUUCAACGUUUUAAAAUAAUGUACAGGUACCACGAAGCCAAUUUUGCUAUUCAUGGCAGAGGCGCAAAUGUCUCUUCAUCGGACCCACCACGAAUUGCAGACCUACAGGGACAAUACGGUUGCAGGAGGUCCGAACAUCGCUUACUCGAAGCUGCCCGAGAAGUACUCUCUACCUGUGGGGACACUGUACCCAUCGAAGCGGCCCAGUAUGAUUGGUCGAUUCUUCAUACUUUAUCCACAGCAGCUUGCAUCCUGGUCCAACUCUCGCUCGUUUCAAAUUCUGUUGAGAAAGACAUCACAUUUCUUGCCAUGAUAGCAGGAUUUUUUGCACGACUCUCAUUCACAAAUCAAGUUCCGUUUAAAGAGGUGUCAGCGAUGUACAAUAUAUGUUGGUUGCACGCUUGUAAGGGAGACAAGAAGCAAGCAACGAGUUCUGACGGGUAUGAUUGUUAAGGCAAUUUUUCAACCUAGUCACCAGAUAUUCCAGUAACAUUAGAUUAUCCUUGACAAGCCUUCCAGUUUCGGAAGCGAAACAAAUAGAAAAAAAUCAAG